UGUACUUUUGCGUCCAUUCGUUUUCCGUUUUUUGACGAUGACGGAAAAAAUGAAAAAAGAACGGUUAUUGUAUUUUUAAAUGCAAUGCUGAAAACAAAAAUUGGAAUUAAAACCGUAUACACAAAAUGCUGCGCAAAAAAAAUAAAUAUUAAUGUGUUUUCAGAUUUUUGUUUAUGGAUUUUGCACUUUUAUUAAACAUUUUAAAAACGCACAAAUUAAUCUCGAAAAAAUGUCGAUUUUACUGGUUUUCUAUGGCCAAAUUAGACACCCGGAAAUAAUAUUUUCCGCACUGUUGAAAGAUAAGAGCCGUCAUGUCUCUGGAACCAUACAGAGAGGUGAUUACGAACAUGAUUUUAGAACAUAAAACACACUCGGACAUUGCAGAGCACCUGUCUCAACUUGGUGCCGGGCGAGGUUAUUCGGUGAGGAGUGUGAGAAGAUUUUGUGCCAGUCAUGGUCUGAGACGGGAGGUUUCUGACACUCACCUGGAAAUAGCUGUAUCGACAGCAGUACAAGAAGCAGGACCAACCUACGGUCGUAAGAUGAUGACUGGUUAUUUGGCAGCAAAGGGAAUUCGAGCCUCAGAAAGUCGGGUUGGGCGAGCCCUCCAGACAAUACAUCGACCAUACCAUGAAAUGCGAUGCAGUGGUGCACGGAAUCUUAAUCCUAUACCCUACCGUGCUGCAUACACAGGACACAAACUCCAUUUAGACCAAAACGAAAAGCUGGGCAUGUUUGGAGUUACACAUGUCCUAGCAAUUGAUGGCUACAGCAGCAAGAUCAUGGCUUAUGCAUGUAUGCCAGUAAAGAAUAACCUCACUAUUUAUGAAAAAGUGUACAGGCCUGCUGUAAUCAACAAUGGAAUGUGGGACCAAAUAAGAGUGGACCAUGGCAAAGAGUUCUUCCUGACUCUAUUUAUUCAAGAAAUCCUUGCUGACCAUAGACUGAAUACAGAAACACCACCGUAUCGUCAGACCCAAUCAACAAAAAAUCACACAAUUGAGAGGAUGUGGCCUGAAAUUAAUAACAGAGUUAAUUACCCUUUGAAGGAGGCUCUUGUCCAGCUGGUCGACCAAGAACUCAUUGAUAUGGACUGCAACCUAACAAGAUACUGUGUCUCUAACCUCAUCUGUCAACUGUGUCAUCUGGGCAUUAGCAGGGUAGUAGAGGCAUGGAACAACCACAGGAUUCCCGGAAAAGGAAUCCCCAACCAGCUUGCACAGGGUGGUUCUGCAAAAAACAUUUCAGCAGCACUACUGCCCAAUGGAACUGAAGCAGCUGAUCUGUACAUGGACACACUGGGGUCCUCUUUGACAAGGGUUUCUUCCUUUGGAAUGGACCCUUUCACAAGCGAACAUGAGAAGGCUACAGUGGAACAACUGUUUUCAGAGAAGUGGCCAGACAUUGCUGUUUUGCUCAAUAAUGCAGUCAACAAAAACUUUUUGCCUUUUAAAGAGGCUUUGAUCACUCUAGUCACUCUAACUCAAAGAUACUCAUAA